CUGCAAAUCCAUCCGCUGCCCCUGGACCAGGCCCAUCCACCCCCCUUCGCCUAGACCACGGGCCCCCACAUCCCCAAGCCCGGUCCACCGUGAACCCGGUCCACGCCAAACGCCCUCCCCAUCUCUUCUUCCUUCCUCGAUCGAUUCCUCAUUCCUCCCUCCCUCCAAAUCCUCCUCGACCUCCGCCACCACCACCACCCUCCUUCCUUCCUCCUCCUCCGCCGCCGCCGCCGCCCUCGUAUCCGCCGCAUUUUCCCGCUUCGGCGAGGACCGUUCGGCUGCUUCUUCUCUGCGCUGCUUGUUCGACCGCGGCGCCCUCUCUCUGGCGGGGCUCUGCCGCUCCGCUCGUGUCCCGAGCCAGACUGCGCAGUAGGUAUUUCCUCUGUCCGGAGCUACUGGUGUCCUGUUGGUGGUUGCAAUGGAGUGAUUGGACGAGUUGGUCGUCCAGAAAGCUUUGUUGGUGAAUCCAAUGGGAAGUAAUGAUCCCAGCACGCCGUCCAAGCCUUCCAAGGUGCCAGAGCAGGAGCAACCUCCAGCCACUACCUCUGGCACCACUGCUCCAGUUUACCCUGAAUGGCCUGGCUUUCAGGGCUACCCAGCGAUGCCGCCACAUGGGUUCUUUCCCCCUCCUGUUGCUGCAGGCCAGGCUCAUCCUUAUAUGUGGGGAGCGCAGCAUAUGGUGCCACCUUAUGGGACACCACCGCCACCUUAUAUGAUGUAUCCACCAGGAACAGUAUAUGCCCAUCCCUCUACUCCUGGUGUGCAUCCAUUUCAUUACCCAGUACCAACAAAUGGAAAUCUUGACCCUGCUGGAGCUGCACCAGGUGCUUCAGAAAUAAAUGGAAAAAAUGAGCCCGGCAAAACAUCUGGUCCAUCUGCCAACGGGAUUACCUCCAACAGUGAAAGUGGAAGUGAUAGUGAGAGUGAAGGAAGUGAUGCCAAUUCCCAAAAUGAUUCACAUUCGAAGGAGAAUGAUGUAAAUGAAAAUGGCAGUUCCCAGAAUGGUGUAUCUCAUUCAUCAUCGAAUGGAAUAUUUAAUAAAACCAUGCCAUUGGUUCCAGUACAAUCAGGUGCAGUGAUAGGAGGAGUUGCUGGUCCUGCGACAAACUUGAAUAUAGGAAUGGACUACUGGGGUGCUACUGGUUCUUCACCUCUUCCUGCAAUGCGUGGCAAAGUACCGUCUGGUUCAGUCCGAGGAGAGCAAUGGGAUGAAAGGGAACUCAAGAAGCAGAAAAGGAAGCUGUCUAAUCGGGAAUCAGCACGCAGGUCCCGGCUGCGUAAGCAGGCUGAGUGUGAAGAGCUCGGUCAACGUGCCGAAGUUUUGAAGUCAGAGAACUCUUCUCUUAGGGCCGAGCUUGAACGGGUAAAAAAAGAGUAUGAGGAACUUCGUUUGAAGAAUGCUUCCCUCAAGGAAAAGCUAGGGGAAGCCGGUGAUUCGGUACCUGACAUGAACGAACAGAGCGACACCAAUGGCGGGAGCCACCAGCAGAAGGAAGUUUACUGGGUGGGGAUGGCGACGGCAGACGACCUUGCGUGGGAGGAAGACGAUCUGUUCCUGGACGAGGUCUUCCGCUACCAGGACCAGGUCGAAUCCCUCAACCCUAGCCACGCUCCUCCACCGCCAGUCACCCAGGAGACACCCCCCGUCGCCACCGCCGCCGCCUCUGCUGCUCCCCUCUACCACAUCCCCGCCUCCGCCACCGCUUCUCUCCCGCUCUCCCACGUCGCCGCCUGGCCCCAUGCCUCCGCCGCCUCCGCCACCCAGGCUCUCCCGCUCGCCGCCGCACCCCGUGCUUCCUCGGCCGACCCAGUUCCCCGGCUCUUCCAUGUCCCCGCCGGCCCUGCUGCCCCGCUUACACACUUCGCCGUCCCGUCGCCCCGUGCCUCCUCCUCCGCCGCCUAUCCUUUCGCGCCCUCCCACAUCGCUGACGCGCCCUGUGCCCCUGCCUCAGUGGCCGUUGCAUUCUCGCCUCCAAGGGAGUUUACCCAGUCGGGCCGCGCUGGUGGACCUGGCUUCUCUCCUCCGCGCGAGCUCUCCCAGCGACCUGUUGACGAGAGCAGCGACUGCCAGGUCGUCAUGCCCUUUGUGGCUCCCGCCGGUGGCGGCCGUGGCAGGGGCAGCGUGCGGAGAGAAAGGGAUGGUAGUGACGGCAGGGAGUGGAGGCUGGCGGACGAGGAGAGCCGGAUCAUCGGGACGGUCGAUCCUACUAGUGGUGGCGACCGUGCAAGGGCCGUGAGGAGGGAGAGGGAUGCUAGGGAGGCCAAGGAGAGGAAGGAAGUUGAGAAGCUCAAGAAGGAGCUGAUGGAUGUCUCGAAGCGGAUGAACAACUAUAAAAACGAGUGCAGUGAACUCAAGAAAGGCAUGACACAAAAAGACCUUGAAAUGAAGGCUAAAGAUGCAGAGAUUGAUAGUUUGAAAAAAGCACAUGUGGGCCGAGCCAGCAAAGAUAUUUGCAGUACGGGGAUGGAUAUCGAUCAGUCUUUGCAUACCCCUGCAAAUGAUACUUUGAAUGAUAGGGUUUCUUGUUGGACAUCCACAACGAAUGGGAAUAAUAAGGAACUCCAUUCUUCUCGAGAUGGUUUAGGUUUGAACGAAGCGUAUCAAACUGCUGCACCGGAUGUUUUGGAACCAAAGCAGCAGACAGUGAUAAAUAACAGAACAAGUACCUCAGGAAGAGUAUCUUUGGAGGAUACUCCCCAGCCUGAAUUAAAAAGCAACAAUGAACAUCUUGAGCGCAAGAAAGUAUUAAUUAAUAGCAUCUCUAGCAACUUAUGUGCUAUCUGGGGUAGGCCAGCCAACAGUAUGUUGGGGAGGAGUCUGAUCUCUAAGAUUCUUGUUUCUUGCUCAGAAGAAAUGUUGACACUUUUCCAGUCUACGAGAUUGUUAGACAAGUGUGAAACCUCUUCUAAAGCGAGCUCCUCCAUGAAUAAUGCUAUUUCAGAAGUAUAUGAUAUUAUCAUCAAGGUGAAUAACGAUGCAAUGCCUAUACGAAUUCUUCUUGAAGCAUUGCUAAAUCUGUGUGUUUUUGGUAAUGCUGUUGUUGCUGGUAGAGCCUUGUGGAUGUUGCAUAACAUAUUGCAGAACCUGCUAUCUCAUGGAACCAACUCCAACCAGAGGAACAAUGUUUCUAUUGAGACGUAUGUUAACAAUAACGAAAUGGAGAGGAACAGUCACGGAGGUAGUUCUACUUUGCUAAAUAAGCCCGACACAGAGAAUCUAUUAAGAAGUGAAGAUGGACUUCACACUAGCAAUAUGUCUCUUCCUCCUACUUUCCGGACUUCAUUCUUCAAUGCAGUGCUGCAAGUUGCAUUGAAGUAUUCAGAGGAGACUAUUCGUGUUCAUGCAUUAGCCAUAAUGAUCCUCAUUGUAAGGACAAGUGAUCCCAAAGGGGACCGUGAGAAAAUUGGUUUUACUUCUGUAAUGGAAAGCUUGCAUCAGUUGUUGCAGAAGGAAAAUGAGUUGCUUGUAAAGAAGCAUUCUGUGCAUCUUCUUUUCUUGCUUUUGAAUUGCCCUGUGAUGUUGAAGUUGCUGUGCAAUGGAGGUAAAGGUAGCUCUGAACUGAUGGAGGCUGUAGGAUUUGAAAAUGACAGACCACAACAAGCUACAAGCUCAGUUCUCAAGGACUUGUCUGAAUGCUUGACUUGUGAUGCAACAAAUUCUCUGGAGCUCGAGCUUUGUCGGCUAGUUGUGAAUCUAUUAGCGUACAUAGCUUCUAGUGGCAAAUCAGGACACACAGUGCUUCUAGGUUCAGUGACUGCCAGUGGUGCCAAUUUCUUGGAGUUGAUUAUGGAAGUCCUUGCUUCACAGAUGGAAUCCGGAGUUGAUUUUUCAACUGAGGUGCAUGAGCUAUUGGAGGAAAGGUAUUUGCUGAUGAGAGAGGCUCUGAUCCUUCUGAACCGAUUAGUUUCGCAUCCCAUCUUUUCGAAGACAACUUUGCAAGUGCUCAUGGGCAGUAAGCUGUGUGCAAGCUUGACAAUGGAUAUCGCGAACCGGCUGCCCCAGAGGAGCAAGUACCCCUUGAGGCACCUCAGCGAGAUAUGUCCCCAAAAGGCAAAUGAUCUCGCUGAACUGGCCCAGAAGUUCUGCUCGCGAGUGUAUGGUUACCUGGAAGAGCAACAACAUUCAAUUGCUGAUCGUUCCAAAUAAUAACACAAUGGCAGCAAAAUCACAAGGGGUCUAGAUCUCUCUAGCUCACUGAAGGUCUUUUUUCUUUGGGGAAAUUUUAUUGUACUUUUGUGCUAACUGUAGUAGGGUUCUUUGUGGAAAAUCACAAGGGGCCUAUUGGUUUGGGCGAGUAAAUAGCUUUUGGCUGGUGGUGUACAGAGGUGUGUGAUUCCUCGCCAUUUUUGGGCAAAUGUAACUCUGCAGCGAAGCAAAGAAAUGUUGUAUUCUCAGAAUUAUCCUCCAGACAUUGAGAUCUGGUAAUAGACAAUGACCGUUGGAGCUUUUCAUA